AUGGUCGUAUCGAAGUCGAAAUGGCUAGGGUGAGUCCUACUAGGAUGACCCAAUCAAUCCUGGGUGAAGGAAAAGCGAAUGCUACCCGAGAGAAUUCAUCGAUCAAGCCGAUAUCGCCUACCUUAUCAUGGACAAGGCGGCAAGAAUUGAGACUUCCCUCAAUAAAAUGAACAAGGUUCAAGUUGAAAUAACGGGCCUUUCAGCAGCUCUGUCAUAUCAAUGCGUUUGAAUGGCGAGAGUAUUAAAAAUCUGAUGAGCCUCCAUACGUAUUUUUCAGGAGUAUCUGGCUUGCGGGGAUAAGAAUGACUGGACCAAGGCUUCCAAAGUGUUCGCCAGCUACGCCGACAGCGUCAAAGUAAAUAUAGAAAAUUUAGAUCCAACUUUUGAAAUUGCUGACGAAAUUCAGAAAACUGACGCUGGCCUUUGGCGCGAGGCAUCAAAUUGUUUUGCUCAGUUGGCCGAGAAAAACCGGGAAUAUGCCAACCAAGUAAUCAAUGAAACGCUUAGUGUUUUGCACACAUUUAACAAUGUUUGACAAAUCUUUCAAACUGGAAACAUGAGGACUUUUAGACUCACUGCAAGGAUAUAAGCGUGCAAAUGGUGCGGCUGAAAGAUUUGCGUAAAGAGUCGAGUACGAAGAAAAAGAAGGCGGCCAAAGACGAAAGCCAGGCUCCGAAUGUCAGAUGAAUCAACUAUUAUGGGGUUCAAACAAGGUUUUCAGGCCGCAAUAGCUGAAGACGCCUUCCGCAGAUACGUGGAAGAGAUGAAAACGAACGUAGCCAAGUUCAUUGAAAAGGCCGAGGAACUCUCGAAAUUGUUCGAUUCAUUCGCAGUUGUGGAAAAGAACUACGCUGAUUCUGCCAAAGAUCUUUUCAAAUUUGUAAGAAUUCGAAAUUUUUUUGAAAAUUAGUAAAAUUCGAUUUUUAGGUCGAAGGAGCUCCUCAAAAGUCAACGCGUACCACAAAAAAGAAGGCUCAGUCCGCUGAAAAAGCUAGUGUAAGUUGAAUACCUUGCACCUUUUUUGAUUCAAAUGUUUAAGGCUGAGAAAGCGAAGGCCAAAUCGUCUGCUGAAAAAUAA